AUGCCACAGAAUCAUGCGGGUCUAUCUCCCGCCUCCGUUGAGACCGUCGCCGGUCUUUCCGCGGGAUCCAUAGCUACGCUUGUCGUCCAUCCGCUCGACAUCGUCAAGACCCGGAUGCAGAUCUACCAGCGCACCUCUCAUCAGCCUCUCACCACUGUAUCGUUGAUCCGCUCCCUGACACAGACGCCACAUCCCGUAGCGUCUCUCUACCGAGGUCUCGCGCCUAACCUUCUUGGAAAUGCCUCUAGUUGGGCUUCCUUUUUCUUUUUCAAGGCCCGGGCCGAGCGUGCCCUCCUAGCCUUGAAGGCUUCUCCAGAUGUCUCGCUCGCACCGCGAGACUAUUUCGUGUCCUCGGGGCUGGCCGGUCUCAUCACCCAAGUCUUGACGAACCCCAUCUGGGUAAUGAAGACACGCAUGCUAUCAUCUGACCGGACUGCCGCUGGCGCAUAUCCGAGUAUGCGGGCCGGCGCCGCUCACCUCUUACGUCACGAGGGCUGGAGGGGAUUUUAUCGAGGCUUAGGGAUCAGCUUAUUAGGCGUAGCUCACGGAGCGGUGCAAUUUGCCGUUUACGACCCAGUCAAAAGACUGUACUUUGCGCGUCGCAGUCCCUUUCCAAGUCACCGGGAACCAGAUAGCCUGGGAAGGCAGAGGAUGAGUACCGAGGCGACCCUUGUGAUCUCCAGCGUCGCCAAGUUAGUCGCCGGAGCAGUUACAUAUCCCUACCAAGUCAUUCGCAGCCGUCUCCAGAACUACGAUGCUGAUACAAGGUUUGGAAGGGGUAUUAAAGGAGUCGUAACGAGAACGUGGAUGGAAGAAGGAUGGCGAGGCUUUUACCGUGGGAUCGUACCCGGGGUGGUAAGAGUCCUCCCUGCGACCUGGGUUACGUUUCUCGUAUACGAAAACGUCAAGUUCUACUUGCCCCAGUGGACAACCUAG